AUGUGGGACGUCCUGGACGGCCGUUCGCUUACAGCCGAGGCUCUCGCACGAGCCGCAAUUGUCGUCGCUGUCGAGGUUCUGCUUCUGGGUACUUCUUUUCUCAACAUCUGUGUGAUUCUCACCACUGCCGAUCUCUACGAUGUCAUCGGAUGUUAUCUGAUUGCGGACAUGGCGGUGACGCUUCCACCAACGUCUGUGCAUAAGAACUUUUUCACACUGGCUGUAAUUUUCAAGUGUUUUUGGAAGGUUUACGGCUGUAACACUGCCAUGCUUGCAAUAUCACUCUCCGUCGCUGAUCUUCUGGCAGCGUUAUUCAUUGUACCGCUCAGCUUAUAUAGUACCUUGGAUCCCAGUUGGCGAUUUAUGGGUGAUAAUUCCCUCGUGUGUAAAGGUAGUGCGUAUCUACAGAUAGCUUUAUUUUGUUCUACCGUCUAUACUUUUGCUUGGAUCUGUAUUGACAGAUAUUCGGCUAUGAUGAAACCUUCGCGAUAUGCAGACCAAUCUCUUACGCGAUGCAAAUGUUGGAUUUUCUUUAGUUGGCUAACGUCUCUUCUGCUAUGUUGUCCAGUCGUAGUGGCGCAGAUGCAAGUUGUCUUUCUCGAAGAGGCUCAGCUAUGCGUAUUGGACUGGUCGGCUACUUCGGCGUAUAGUAUGACACUGAUCGUUCUCGUUUUUUUACCUACCAUUGCAACCGUCUUUAACACUGGAUAUAAAAUAAUCAAAGCGAUGCGGAAUCCAGAACAGCUCGAAGAUAGCCAGCGUAUGGUGAUCGAAACCGAUCCCAAUUUUGUGCUCACAAUGUUUUUGCUGGUUGCUUUCGUCCUCUCUUGGCUGCCUUUACUAUGUCUCAAGGUCUUCGAGUAUUUCGUUCCUCCACAGAGCGAUGCUGAUCUUUCGUUGGCCACUUUCAUCUUUGUAUGGUUGGCGAUUGCAGGGCCGUCGGCUAAGUUCCUUAUAUAUAUGUUCAUAAAUGGAGCUUUUCGUAGCAGUUUCUUGUCAUGGAGACCAUGUAUCUCAGUUUGCUGUCCUCUCAGCAGGAAUCCAGACUACCGCGACAUAGCCUCAAAUUCAUAUUUAUAG